AUGAAUAAACGGAGUGAUAUCGUCAACUUGAACGUUGGUGGUCGAAAGUUCUCGACAUCUCGUAAUACGUUAUUAUGGAACAAGAACUCAUUCUUCAGCAUCUUACUUGACGGUGCUUUACCAACAAUGAAAGAUGAAUCUGGAGCUAUAUUCAUAGAUAGAGAUCCAGAUAUGUUUAGUAUAAUUCUGAACUAUCUACGAACCAAUGAAUUAAACUUAAGUGGUGUGGACAUAAACUCUUUAAAGAAUGAAGCUCAGUUCUAUGCACUUGAAUCUUUGGUCAGGAAGCUUUCUCUAUGUGAGGAAAACCUUUUAGGAAGAUGUGGAGAUCUGUUGUUUCAUGCCUACAUGCCCGCUCCUGAUUUUGUACUAGAUGAAUCUGGUUCAUGUUUUAAAUGGAAUAUUAACAAACAAUGUCGACUUAAUAGUCAGUCUACAUCUAAUGGCUUAUGUUUACCACCUUAUACAACUGUCUGUUCAUCUGUAAGAAAUCCAUCUGGCUUAUCACAUCAUAUAGGUCCUGGAACUCAUCAACAUGUAAUUCAAAAUUCAUCAGUCAAAAUAUCUACACAUGAUUCGGUUUAUGAUAUUUCUGGUUGUAGUACAAGUAAUGGAAAAGACAUACCAAAAUGUAAUUAUGUACCGGAAUAUCCUAUUGUGGAAAGUUACAAUGAAGGAGAUACAGAAACCUGUUACUUUAAUUACAUGUCAUCAAAUAUAAUGGCUGCUGUCUACUCUGAUUGUGUUGGUGUAUUCUCACUAAAAGAUCCAAUUGGUUGGCAUUUAACAUGGUUAAGUCCUGUCCUACCAGCACCAAUUGAUCGAAUCGCUCUCACUGGUAAAGCACCUAGUCAGAAUAAUUUUGGUCCUAAUCCUAAUUUACCUGGAAAUGCUACUUCUCUGUUCCCCUUAAAUCCUACGGUAAAUUCACCUAAUAUUAAUCAAAGUGGUAGUAAUUCAACAAAUCCUAGUGCAACCGUCAGUAAUAAUAACACUAAUCAGUCAUUGUCUAAUUCUUCGGCCAAUUCAAGUUUCAAUACUAAUUGUGGCUUUCCUACUAACUGGUCUUCACAGAAUGCAUCACAAUUUAAUCAGUCAUAUCCAUCUGGAACAAAUAAUCUACCCUCUGUAGUUAGUACACCGUCAUCUAGUGGUGGAUGUACACUAGCUGUAGCUGUUGGUUCAACUAUUACACUAUGGUAUCUGUAUCCUCCAUCGGGGCUGAUCUCCUCACUUGUUUCAUAUGCUGGACAAUAUGGAGUGACUACAUCACCUGCCACAUAUUUCUUAUCUCCAUUAUAUCCAUUUAUGCCUAUGCAAGAUGUGAAUAGUUGGACUAGUUAUCCACCGUUAGCUAAAAUUAAAGAACCUUGGACUAGUGAAAUAGUUGGUCAAUAUGAUUUAAAUCGGCGAGCUGUAGAUUAUUUAAUAUUUAUUGGAGCUCAUCUUGUUGCACUUAGUCGACAUGGUUUAGUUGGUGUUCGACAUGUAAUGACUAAUGCAUGGCAAGUUUGGAGUACUGUCCCCAUAUUGAGUUAUGGUGUUGCUGGUUCCGAACUUUUACUUUUGGGUUGUGCAAAUGGAUGCAUAUGCAGUAUAAAUAUACAAAAAUUCCCUUUACGAAUAGUGGACAAUGAUCUACUGGUAACAGAAAUGUAUCGUGAUCCCCUACGUGAUCCAAUCACUGCACUCAGUGUACAUUUAUCACCGAAGACAUCUUAUUCAAGUCGUAAUUGGAUGGAAAUAGCAUAUGGUACAUUGUCUGGUCGUGUAUGCUUAAUAGUACAACAUCCAGAAACUGUUGGCUAUAGUCCACAGUUAUUUCAAACUUUUAAUGUGCAUCGUUCAAUGGUUACACGUGUUGUUCUAUCGGAGAAGUAUCUAAUCUCAGUUUGUAAUGAAUUUCAUCAUGUACGUACAUGGGCAGUAACACGCUUCCGUGGUGUUAUCAGUACACAACCGAGUUCAACACCAGUUGGUUCCUUUCAUAUAACAAUAUUAGAUAUGAAUAAUUCUACACAACAGUUAAUCGAUUCUGUUCUACAGGCUGCACAAAAAUGUCAUACACAAAAAUCUCAGUCAUCAUCCAAUGAAAUUGUCCGAGCUCAUUCUAACCUUGGUACUAAUUUGAUGCGUAAUAGUAGCAGUAAUAAUAAUAACAGUAAUAGUGCAGUUACUGAUACAUCAAGUCGUUCUAAUGCUUCAUCUCAUUGGCAUCCACGUGGUUCAAAUUCACGUUCACCUAGUGCUCAAUGUAUUUCACAUGAACCAUCAACUUCCUCCUCAUCAGUAGCUCAGUAUGAUUGGAAUUUUCAAAAUAAUACAAAUGCUAACAUACCAACAUUCUGUUCAAACUCAUCGAAUAGAUUUCACCGAACUGAUUUACCGAUAAACUAUCCAACAUCCAUUAAUAGAUCAAGUAUAUGUCAUGUAGUAGGCGAUGGUGGAAGUGUUGAUCUCUGCUCAAAUACACAAUCAGAUAUUGUUGUUCUUCCACGUACAACAUGGCUUCAUGAAGAUCCAGGGUUACAUGUUCAGUUUGAUUCAGAUUCGCCCAUUUCACAUUCCAAUAUUCAUGGUGAUGUGCAUUCAAUAGACGAUGGAAUCAAUAUGAGUACUACCGCCACUGCUACUGUUAAUGCGAAUGUGAAUAAUAAUAAUUCUGGCAAUGUCAAUCGUAGUAAUUCAUUAAAUAGUAGGAUAGAGAAUCGUUCAUCUUCUGCUAAUCGAGGUUUACAACAGUCUGUAUUACGUAAUUACAAUGAAAGAAUUGAUUGUAAUCAUAGAGAUCAGAAUAAUUCCUCCAUAAAAAAACCUGAAAUAAAUCACUGUAAACAUACUAAUGCUACUAAUGUUAAGAACAAUAAUCCUAGUAUACAUAAACAUAUCACUCGGCCUAUUAUCGAUGUACAUAAAUAUGCUAAUAAUCCUGGUCCAUAUGGAGAAAGAGAAGAUAUCUUAGUAUUUAUACAAAAGUUAACACCACAAGCCAAUCAAUUAUUUGUACGUUUAGCUUCUACUGGGAAAAGACUUUGUGUAAUUCACUCAGUGGAUAAAAGUUCAAUUAGUUCAUUCACGGUACAUGAACACGAUGGAUUCAAUCGAGUUGGUGCACAUCCAAGACGUUAUAUAUUCACAGGUCAUUCAAAUGGUACAAUUCAAGUUUGGGAUUUAACAACAGCAUUGAAUCUUGCACGAACUGGAACUAAUUUUCCCGGACCUAUUCCUAAUUCAUCGGGAAUUAAUGUGGAUGGAGCUUACAACCUUCCACAUGAAAUUGCUUCUUAUCCUAGUGGAUUAGUGAACAAUAUGAAUACCUGUGGAGGAAACAAUAUGAUGAUUGGUGUAAAUUCAAGUGGACUAGCAAAUAAUUCAAAUAGUAUACUAGUUUAUCCAAAUUAUUAUCAGCAUUUAUAUAACACAGAUUAUAAUUAUAAUAAUGGUUGUUAUAUUGGUGGACCAACAUCAUCGGAAUUAUUAAAAUUAUUAGAAAAUUGUCAAAUUGGUUUCUCAUCAGGUGGUUCAAGUAUGACAGCAUUAUGCUCUGGACGUUUAACACCAGCUGAUUCGUUAAAUUCAAUUAUUCAUCAUCCAACUUUAUGA